AGUUUCACAUCCCAAUCAAUGAGUUUCCUGCCCCAUCCAAAGUCUCCUAAACCGGCUUUUGCUCCGGAACCGACGUGGCUAAAACAACAUCCAGCUCCAACCCCAGCCAGAAGACGGUCCGGCAAGGAAGCAAGGAAAGAGCGUGUUGUUUGGUUCCCCCCCACAACUCUUGGAUUGACCCCCCCCCCAACUGAUCGGAGUUUAUAGAGAACCAGCAUGUCAGCUCUUCUGAGGAGCCUGCUGGCUGCCUCAGAGAAAGCUGCCCACAUUGCCCAGCUAUGUCGCCAAGAGGAGGCCCUCUUCAGCCUGCUCAUUGAGGAGAAGAGAGGUGCAGACAAGAAUAAGAAGUUCUUACAGGACUUCAAGACAUUGGCAGAUGUGCUAAUCCAAGAAGUCAUCAAACAUGACGUGGGAAAAGAGUUUCCAGAACUACAGGAUCACAUUUGUGGCGAGGAGUCCAACAAAUUUGAAAAUGGCCUUGGUGAGAUUGUAGUGGUGCGGGUUUGCCCUACCCAACAGGAAACGGCUACCCUGUUGCAGAAAGUCUUGGAUCGGAAACAAACAGCUGCUGAAUUGUUGGCAGCUGCUGUUCAUCAGGAAGUCGUGCUUUCCGACCCAGCGUUGGACAAUGUGGCUGUGACCUUCUCGACCGACAGCUUGGCUGUAUGGAUUGACCCCAUAGAUUCCACUAAUCAGUACAUUCGUGGGUAUGGCAGUGUGAUGCCAGUGAAUGGCAUCUAUCCAUCUGGACUUCACUCAGCGCUUGUGCUGAUAGGAGUAUACAACCGUCACUCGGGUGAGCCCGUCCUUGGCAUCAUCAAUGAGCCUUUUUUCCAGGAGGAGCUGCCAGCACACAGGUGGCAGAGCAAAUACCAUUGGGGCAUUUCCUACGGAAGCACCAAGCUAAGCUCGCUGAGCCAACCCCAGCAGCAGCCUUCCCCCUGCGUGGUGCUGAGCAGCAACGAGACAACCGUGUUGCGGAAAGCACUGGCCCCACUAUACGGUGAGAAGCUCUGCUUUGCUUCAGGUGCCGGCUACAAGAUGCUCUGUGUUGCUCUCGGCCUUGCUGAUGCUUAUGUACUUUCAGAAGGCAGCACCUUCAAGUGGGACUCGUGUGGCCCCCAUGCCAUUCUGCGAGCCCUUGGGGGAGGCAUCGUUGAUCUUUCAGCAGCCCUGCAGGUUUGGCGUGCUGGGCAACACAAGAAUUUGCCCGAACUGACCUAUAACAAGCCCAUAGAGGGCGCUGUGGGUGCUGAGCGCUGGGCAAAUCAAGGAGGGCUUAUAGCCUAUGUCUGCCACAAGCAUCUCGAGGCUGUGAUGGUCACACUGGCAAACGCGGCAGAUGCUUUCUAAAACACAGCCCCAUCAGUGCAAAUUAGUGGGAGCAUUUGCCUGGGUAUGAGGAGGAGGAGAAGGCAGUCUCCAAAUGAGAAAAGAUAAGAUUCUUAUGUUUUUUUAAAUGGCUCAAUCUGAUGUUUAUGGUGGCAGUAUGCCAACCUAGGAUAGGAAUGGUACAAAUGCCAUGCUUUUGACCUCCUGCUUUUCAUGCCAGCUGCAUCAGUAAAAUCUCCAUUUUUCAUGCAGGUAGGCAGUAGGGGAAAUAUUUUUUUAGAUUGUUCCCCUUCUGUUCUUUUUGGGGUAUCGUUUUUCUUGCAGGGUAAUGUGUAUCAUACAUAGCAAACGUCCAUUGGGGCCAUUAAAUAAUCUCUGCUUAAGUACCCCUCGUGUUAAGCGUGGGACACAGCUCAAGGUUUCUUGCUGCUGUUUUCUGGAUAGGCACAAUUUUUGCAAGGCUUUUGAUGCACAGACCAGAAGUCCUGGUGGUGCAGUGGUUAAAGUGCAAUAUUGCAGGCAAACUCUUCCCAUAGCUGGAGUUCGAUCCUGACAGGGCUCAAGGUUGACUCAGCCUUUCAUCCUUCUAACGUUAGUAAAAUGAGGAUUCAGAUUGUUGGGGUCAAUAUGCAAAUAAGGCUUCUACAUUAUAAACCGCCCAGAAAGUGCUGUAAAGCACUAUGGGGCAGUAUAUAAGCCGAAAUGCUAUUGCUUGAGCUGUAAGGACUCUAGGAUUUAUGAUCCUGCUUCAUGUUAAGAAGCAGGGUUAAUUUGCCUUUGGAUCCCUUUUAACAUUGUGAGGAGUUGCUGCAGAACUUUAUUUAACCUAAAGUCAUUUCCCCUUAGAGCAGGGGUCCCCAACCUGUGGGCUGUGGCCCACUACUGGGCCACGGCCGCUUGGCCACCAGGCCGCAUGAAGGGAUGGCCAGUGCAUGCGCACACAUGCAUGCACUCAUCUGCGCUGGCGCCGCUCUGAGCAUCCCACCGGCACUAGCACCGUCCCGCCCGCGAACAUCCCACCGGCAUUAGCGCCGCUCCUCCCCCAAGCGUCCCACUUUCACUAGUGCCGCCCAUAGCAUUCCGCCAGCACUAGUGCCGCCCCAUUUGCAGCACUUGCACCUGCACAGCCCUUUUUGCAUGUAUACAGGCGCUCGAGUGCGGCCGUUUGCAUGUGUACAGGCGUUCACGCUCAGCCAUUUGUGUGUGUGCACAGGGCUCAUUUUUGUGCAUGCACGUAGCUAUGCCUGCCUCCCUUUCCAGGCAGCUAAAUCAAAAAUGUUGGAGAUCUCUGCCUUAGAGGAAACUCUGAGAAUUUUAGUUCUCUGGAAGGGGACCUGAGAUGGGAUCUGUAAUAGGGAGGCUCUGGGGAAAAAGUCAUGGCAUAUGAAAAUAAGUAAAAUUGCUAUACAGGUGAACAUGUACUGCAAUUUGGGAAUUUUUCUCCCAGCCCACUAUCCUAUGAAUUUUUAAUUUAUCUUUUGCAAUCAAGCGUGAUGGAAAUUCUUUCAAAUUAAUCAAAGCAGUUACCUGAGGAUCUUGUAUAUAUAUAUAUUUGUGAAAUAUAUUUUUAAACAAACGCUCUUUUAAAAUAAAAUAUAUUCUGCAAGUGACAAAAGAAACAUUAAGUAUUCAUUCAGAGAGGAAGGGAAGGAUGCAGGAUAGUAUUCAACAAACAUUUCUUUUUUGCCAUUCAUACUUCCUUGGCAUCUAACUAACUCUUAUAAACAAACACCAUCAGCUGUUAAAUUCAGGUAUUGGGACUACAUUCGUUAAAUAAAAGCUAAAUCAAAUUCCAGAUUUAAUGUAGACGAUUUAAAAUUAGAAAUGGACUAUGAAUCAUCAUUGCAAUGUGCUGAUUUUGUAAAGUAUGUUUUUAUUUUUUAUAAAGAACUUGCAGUGGGUUUUUUAAUAGUAGAAUAUAUCCAAAAUUGAAAAGAUCAUUCUCAGAUUUUUUUCCCAUACAUUUUAUCUAGUAUAUCUGUUUCUAUAAAUUUUAUCUGGUAUAUUAAAUAGCAUAAUAUUAUAAUAAUCAAUAUUUGAAAAUAUUAAGUACUAGCUUAUCUUCUAUUAUUCUACUAUGGUAAUUAAUUUAAAAUUGGUUAUUUUAGGAUAGCCAUUCUUAUAAAGGCAUUGGCAAAAUACUCCAUUAACUGAGCUGCUUUUUUAAUAUUAAUAAUUAAUAAACAUUAUAUAACCACAGGAGAAAGAAUCUAGCUGUGCUAGAUGUUCUCCACAGCUACAUCUGCCCUCAUCAAUGCACCUUUAUGACUAGACUCAAGAAUGGCAUCAGUUUCACACAGGCCAUGAUUUAACCAUGGCUUGUCCAAGCCACAGUUAACUGAGUUUACAAAAUAUAAGACUCCAUUAAUACAUUUUUAAAUCCAGAAUAGCUGAAUUCGCACAAUACAUUAAGUCACUGUCAAAGGUAAAAUAGGGCAGCUAAAUAUAUGCAGUCCCAUUAUCAAAGCAAUCCAAAGAGAUAAAAGACAAAAGACUCCUGAAAGACAUGAUUGUUUGUAAGCAAUCGUGAUCAUAAUACUGAGAAUUGGAUUUUCACUCACACAGAGAUUGGAUACAUGAAAUAAGAUUUUUAUAAACUCUCAAUUGCCAGUACUCUCCAUAUCGUAAGUAGGGAAAGUUACAUAUGGCACAAAUAUGUCUAAGACUGGUAACCUAAUUUACACAUUGUUGGCUGAAAAACAUUAUGAGAUUGAUCAAAGCCAUGAUGGGUGGUAGAGGUCAGGGUUGGCCCAUCUGGUUGAUAACCAAGCCAUAUAGAAGAUUUGUAAGAAGAAAAUAUUAUAAAUUAAAUGUAAUAAAUGAAAUAAAAUAGAUAUGCAUCUGGGAAACUGAAAGGGGAAGGAUGUAACAGACCUGCAUGAAGAAGCCUGAUUUCGUGGAAUGCAAUUGAGGACAUGCAGGGGUGGGAAAGUUUAGAUUUAAAUAUAAAUGACAUUUGGGUCAGAAAAUAUGAACUGGUGCUACUGUGAGUACCUAUGAAAGUAGAAAUGCAUAGGUUGGCAACUGGUGUUAACUACAUCUUACGUUUCAGUGAAUGGGGUAAUGAAAGAACUGGAAGUUGUUUGGGAGAGAACGGUCUAACAUUCGGCAUGAAUGUGUUUCCAGGGAAAAUGUAUUCUGCUAGGACCUAGGUGAUGUGAAUGGAUGAAUGGAACAAGAUGACAGAUCUCAGAAAAAGUAAUUCUGCCAUUUGGAGGCUCAGGAGUAAGUGAGAACAGUGACUCAUUGGGGAGUAUCUGCUUAAUGAAAGGUCUGUUUUGACUAAGUCCAUUCAUCCAUACACACAGAAAAGGAAUGAAUCAAAAAACAGAAUUAGUGCAGGAUAAUGAGAUAUUCUGAAUGUGAGAGCAGUCCUUUAUUUGGUGCUGUCAAGAAUGGAUCUUGAAAGAAUAAUAUAAGAAAAAAAAUAUAACUCAUGUACGAAAUGUAUUAGAUUAUCCUCCCAACACAAUAAACAGAAAGACAAAAGAGGUUGUGAAAACUGCUGACAUUCUGUUAUCAGAAAAUAUAGAAAGGAAAUGUUCAGUAGAGUGAUGAAGUAAAAGAGGCUGUGGAUGUGAAAAAAAAAUGCAUCAAUUGUAAUAGAAUAACUGUUGCAAAAAGGAGAAUGAAAGAAAGAUAUCGAACACUAUGUAUAGGGCUAGAAAGAUAGUUGCAAAGAUGUAGUCAACAAAAAGAAUGAUUAAGAUCUCAAGAAAAUCAGGUAGAGGUAGUUUGAUGUAAACAUAAAGAGCACUAAACAAGAAGCCUUGAGCAGAGGAAUGGGAAUUAAAAAUAAAGGGGAUGGAAUGGUUUAGGAUGCAAGUGAAAUUAGAGAAUGCUGGAAUGACAUGAAAAAGAAAUUAAAUGCAAAACUUGUUUGUGUCUCAGAAAGAACUGACGCACAAUACUGGUGAGGCUGCAGGUAUAAGAAGCAGUUCCCAGAAAUGAAGGAGAAAUCUCACAUCCCGACUCAAUAUUAUUUAAAUAAGAGACAGAUAGAAAUUGGGCCUCCUAUUGAAAAGGAGAUGCAAUAUUAUCAGUUGCUUGAAGGUAGUGGAGGACAAUCAGCGAGAUAGAUCAGUGACUAUGUAAAUAUUGGGGCUGGUUUGGAAAAAAACAGCAAUUGCCAAAAUUAUUUUGUAAUGACAUUACUGUGUCUUGUACAAUAAACUAAUUUAACUGCA